AUGGCCAGGGACCGGAAAGAAAACGAGGAGGACGGGGAGGACGGAGUGGACGGGGUGGACGGGGUGGGCGAGGAGGAUGGAUCGAGCUUGUGGCCGACUGGCCGCCGAACAGAUGCCGUGCUCGAUUAUUCGCGGACGCCAUCCAUAUCGUCGCAGUCGAGUGCUCGGGAUGGGAGGAUGGGUCUUCAUGUGCCCUUGUGCAAGUUGUGGGCCGCACCAGGAACCAAACUCUCUCUCUGGAUGGCGUUCAGGGGUCCCAUGGCGACCGUGACGGACGAACGAAUGGCGCCCAGUCAGAACCUACGAACCAAGUAA